AGAAAUCUUCUAUUUCAUUCUCUCUGAUCAACAUGGCAACAAAGACUGCGUUCGAUGACCUCGGACCAGAAGCAAACAAGACUGUCGAUGAAUUCAUGGAAAGUGCCGCACACAACUUCAACCUGAGCCCUAGCGCCACACCUCCAAAGGCUCCUGCGGAUAUGGGACCUCCAAAGGAUGCUCACGAAGCGAAGGAGAGGGGCAACGCGUGCUACAAGGCUCGUCAGUAUGCUGAAGCUGUCGGCUACUACGAGCAAGCCAUCAAGAUGUGCGACGACACGGAGCAGCUCAAGAUCUACUAUAGCAACAGGAGCGCAGCCUACUUUGGCCUCAAGAUGUUCAUCGAGUCUCGCUCAGACGCGAUCAAGUGCACUGAGCUCGACUCCAUGUGGGCCAAGGGAUGGUACCGCAAGGGCCUGGCGGAGGAGGGCCUCGAAAAGUAUCACGAUGCCGAAGAAUCCUUCCGAAUGGGUGUCGACUGCGCCCCGCGCGACGAGGCGCUUCAGCGGGCCUUGCAGGAGGUCAAGAUGAUGCUGUGAAUGCUUCAGCUGGGGUGGACGGCCCAGCUGAACUCGAGCUGGUACGAGUUGUCGAUUGCUAACAGCAGCUAACAGACAAGAGCAAGUAGUUUGCGCGUCUCUUGCUGACGUCACACAGCCUUAAGUGUAUAAAGUUGAAUAGCAG